AUGGAAACUAGAACCAGAAAUAUGAAACUAUUCCAUAGGCUAGUUAGAAAUACACGUAAAAAAGGCGGAGAAAUUAUAAUGGACUUGAAUGUAAAUGGACACUGCUAUACGGGAGAUGAAAACAUACUAGCAGGUUUCAAGGAACAUUUUAGCACACUAGCAACAUACGAUGAAAACAUCAACAUUGACAACGACUAUCAUCAAAAUGUGGAACAUGAAAUUCAUAUAAUAAAUCAAUUGGUUAAAGGCAAGAACAUUCCUGAUGCAUCAAUGGAAGAAAUUUCAAACGCAAUCAAAAAUAUCAACAAGGGUAAAUCUGCUGACUACUAUGGCAUCACAAUUGAACAUAUAGUUAAUGCGGGAGAAAUCAUGGUCAUCUUGCUCCAAAGCAUCAUAAAUGAAAUUUUCCAACAAGGAUAUGUGCCAGAUCUCCUAAAAAUCGGACUUCUCACACCAAUUUUCAAAAACAAAGGGAGUAAGAAUGAUGCAGGAAAUUACAGAGGAAUAACAGUGCUGCCUGUAGUGAGCAAAAUAAUAGACACAGUGCUUAAAAAUAGAACACAACCAUCAGUAAAAGCCGUGCAACAUAAAUACCAACGUGGAUUCACAAGUGGUUCAGGACCAAUGAACUCAGCACUACCAGUGGAAGAAGUGUAUCGUGAAGUUCAUGACGGUGAAACAGAAGCACAAAUAAUACUACUGGAUGCAAAAUCAGCGUUUGACAAAGUGAUACAUACCCAUAUGAUGAGAAGAGUGUACCAAGCAGGUAUCGAAGACAAACAUUGGUCACUAAUAAGUAGUCUGCACCAAAACGCUGCCAGUACCAUCAAAUGGGGAGGAAAUAUCUCUGAGUGCUUCCCAGUCUCAUUGGGUGUUCGUCAAGGUGGAAUACUCAGCACGGACCUUUACAAGCUCUACGUAAAUCCACUACUAGACAGAUUGGAAAACUCAAAUCUUGGUAUAAGGAUUGGUAAUAUAACAUGCAAUGCCAGCGCCUGUGCUGGUGAUAUAGCUUUAAUGAGUACAAAAGAAGACGACACACAAGUGCUGAUAAAUAUGGCGCACGAUUUUGCGUACAUGGAAGGCUAUGAGCUACAGCCCCAAAAAAGUGUGGCGUUAAACCUCUUGUCAAAAACUCAUAAAAAGAACAAUACCAACGAGUGCAUAUUCAACAUUGGAAAUAACGUUAUGCCAAAUGUCAAGCAGGCACUACAUCUUGGAAUAAUUCGAACAACAUCAAUGAAGGAAAACGUUACUUUAAAUGUGGAUGAAAAAUCAAGAAAGCUAGAAGAAGUGCAUACGGCUUAUUUGGUGGGGGUUUCCAUGGACAUAAUGGACUAG